ACGACAGACUUGCUGCAUCAACAGGCUUUUUGCUGCUGUGGCCAGAAAUAAACCAUAAAUACCCCCACCAGCGUCCACCAAGCGCUCGCCAGGCCUCGACAACCACACACACCCUCACACUGAGACGAGCAGACAAGAGAGCGGAAAGACGCAGAGCGUGGCUUGUAAGGGGUGCAGCGAAGCACAAGCCAUUCAGGUGAAGCAAAAUUUAAAAAAAAUUAACAAAUUUUAUUAAUUUAUUUAAUCCAUCCUCCUUUAGUUCUCAUGAAGCUCUAUUUAUAUGCAUGACUAUAUAUUGUUCUUAGAAAAAUUUAAAUGAUAAAGUUAGAUAAAUUUGUGCAAAUGUCUUCCAUAUAAUUUAGAACGUGUGUCUAGAUUUUACAAUCUUCAUAAGUCAUAUUUGUUUAAGUUUGGCUGAAGAUCGCUUCUUUAUUAGAGAGAAAAUGACAGAACAGCAGGGAACCCCAGUCCAGCUGCCUGCAGAAAAGGGCCAAGGGGGAGCUGGAGCCACUUACAAGGUACCAGUUUGAAAUGAUGAACUUUUUCUGUAUCUGCUUUUUUUAAUACAAAUGGACUGAAAAAACUAACUGGGACUUGGAGCACCUCAUCCAACUGCCUUCUUGCUCUGGUGUUGCAGCUGGCUGCAUUUGAAUUCGAGAACUUUCGUGGGAAAAAGGUAGAGCUCUCUGGAGACUGCAAAGAUGUGCUGGAGAAGACGCAAAGAGUCGGCUCGGUCAUUGUGGAGUCAGGACCGUGAGUGACCACUUUCCUGAUGUAUACAGCUGGUUGAUCGAUUGAAGUUAAAACUGCAGGCUUAACAAGUAUAUGUGAAAUGUCCUCAUUUCCAGAUGGGUUGCGUUUGAGCUCCCAGGUUUUGCAGGAGAUCAGUUUUUGCUGGAGAAAGGAGAGUAUCCACGCUGGAGCACCUGGACGAGCUGCCAGAAUAGCUACAGUCUGGGUUCUUUUAGGCCCCUGAAAGUGGUCAGAACUCAUUUUUACAAUGGAUGUGGACUUUUUUUAAUUUUUUGUUUUACUUCUAUGUAUUUUUUUUUUAUUUUUAAGGAUGGUGCAGAUCACAAGCUCCACCUGUUUGAGAACACUGGCUUUGAAGGCAGAAAGAUGGAGAUUGUUGAUGAUGAUGUCCCCAGCCUUUGGGCUUAUGGUUUCCAGGACCGUGUAGCCAGCGCAAAGGCUAUUAGUGGAACUUGGGUGGGAUACACGUAUCCAGGCUACAGGGGGCACCAAUACGUGUUUGAGCAUGGAGACUUCAAGCACUGGAACGACUGGGGAGCCACUGAACCCCAGAUCCAGUCCGUCCGACGCGUGCGGGACAUGCAGUGGCAUAAGAAGGGGUGCUAUAUCGCCCCCGCGCCUGCCCCAACCCCAGCGCCUGGACCUGGACCAGCCCCUGCUCCAGCUCCUGCUCCCACCCCACCUAAUCCCAACCCCAACCCUAAGCCUAACCCCACUCCAAAAUCUCAACCCCAACCUUAACAGCACACCUCGAUCAUCUCCUCCUGACUUCAGAAUGAUGAAUGCAGAGUGCCCAGCUUUUCUUUCAUGAAUCUUGUCACUAAAAACAAUCUGAUCAUGCAGUUUUGUAAACUAAAACUGACUAAAGACUUGUGCAUCUCUGACAGAAAUAAAGGUUUUGGCCCUACA